AUGAAACAGGUACACAGGACAGGUAAAGCAUCCAAAUCAGAACCGGAAGAUGUAAUCAGCAGUAUGCCGGAUAAUGUGAUAACUAAUAUCCUGGAUCGUUUGCCACUAGAAGCAGCCGUGAGGACUGAUAUCUUGUCAAGAAACUGGAGGUACAGGUGGACUAUGCUCACCCAACUCAUAUUUGAUAAGAGAUUCUUUGAGUAUCUUCAAGGACGAGUUGGAUAUUGGUGUUUUGAUGUGAAGAAUAUAAGUAGACUUCUCCUGCAUGUCAAGGGUCCCAUAACAAAGUUUGAUCUCUAUAUACCAAAUAACGUCGUAUUGGAUGUUGAGGAUAUUAAUCAUUGGGUUUUGUUCUUAUCGAAAAAAGGAAUCAAGGAGUUCAGUAUUAUUAAUAUGCAUGAAAUUCCACUUACGUUGCCUACCCAUAUUUUCUCUUUACUAGAGUUGAAACAUUUAAAGCUUCAAAACUGUUAUUUUCAUCCCGCACCUGAUGAUUGUGGUUUUCCAAAUAUUUUAAGCUUACACCUGCAGCGGGUAACAUUUGGAAGUGGUGGAUGUUGGAAACUUAUUAGCCGGUGUCACUUAGUUGAGAUUCUUAUUAUUCGGUAUCCCGAGCCUAUAGAAAAGGUAAAACUAGCCGAGAUCGCAACUCUUAAAAAUCUCAAAGCCUUAUUUUUUCCACUAUGUUACCUUGACAAUAUAGUGAUUACAUGUUCUGACAUCUUUGAGCUUGGGGGUUUUCUUCCAAAGCUUGAAGAGCUUCAUUUGGAUUUCCGAUGUUGCAAGUUCCGCCGAGAAACUGGUACUAGAAAGUGGGUCUCGACUGCCUUUCCCACCCUCAAGAAUCUUAUUAUAUAUUCGAUAGAUUUUGGUAGCGGUAGCAUGUUGUCAUGUGCUUUUGAAAUGAUUUGGGGCUCCCCAAAUUUGAAAUUUCUUAUGAUUGGGGCUGCAUAUAAGAAAUCUGUUGAACUGCCUGCUUUUUGUUUAUCAGAAAUAGACUACCACACCAUGGAGCAACUGCAACUACAGAUUGUGAAUUCUCAUAUUUUAGAGGUUCAGAAAAUGAAGUAUAUCUAAUAAAGUCUAUACUUGCUUGUUCCCCUUCGCUAAAGAACAUGGAUAUUCAUCCCCUCUCAAGUCUAAUGUUUGGUGGUGAAAAUGGAAAAUUGUUGUUCGCUACAAAGUUGUUGACGCUCCGCCGUGCCUCCCCUGCAGCCGAAAUCAAGCUCCACUAGUUUUACUGUUGGGAACUUAUCAUCUAUAUAUUUUCUAUAGUUUUGUGUGGCAGCACUUUUAUGUAAUCUUAAGUUUAAUCUUUUGCUUAAGUUGCGGUAGUGAUUAUUUUUGUA